AUGCAACUUCUUGCGGCUCUCCAGCUUGGGCUCCUAGCUCUAGCAACGCCAGGACUAUGUGCUUCGUCCGGAUGGGGGUUUGCUGAUGGCACGCUAUCUAUUCAACAAAAAGGCGCUGGGAUAGGCGGUGGCCAGAAACAGAAGUUAUCAGAAAACAAGCCGCUGGCAAAACCCGUAACACUGAAUGAUGCGGGCACAUUAAAACUUCUCUUAACGAUACAAGACGAUCGAGCUGCGAUGAAGCCUCACCAAGCUUUCUUGAUGCUCAAGGAGAGUGAAACAGGCCUCGACAUCUCAUAUCCACUUAGUGUCAAGGGAAAUGGAAAGGCCCUUGUCGAGUUGAACCACAAGGACCUCCCAGUACAAUUGCUUGCGGCUAAAACCCCAAUCGAAGCUUCUCUAUUGAUUGCCUCCUUCGGGGCCUCGAACGGUUAUAAUAAGCCCAUCUUCAAACUAGCCAUUGACCGCAACCCAGACGACCCUCUGCCAUCCUCCCAUGCUCUCCGAUAUGGUAAAUUGGAGGAAAUUCACCACAUAUUUAAAUCCGACCCCCGCAGCCCACCUGUGAUCAUCUCCUUGAUCUUUACACUUGCUGUGCUAGCUACAUUACCGCUCCUAGCAAUUUCCUGGUUCUAUCUAGGCGCCAACGCCAACCAUCUCUCCGUGGCUCUAAAAUCCUCCCCACUUCCACAUGUGGUGUUUGUUGGGUCAAUCAUCGGCCUCGAGUUAACAUUCUUCAUGUACUAUACCAGCUGGAAUCUGUUCCAAACUCUUCCGGUUGCAGCAGCAAUUGGUGUCGUAGCUGUGCUGAGUGGAAGCCGUGCACUAGGAGAGAACACCAGCACUUACACACUCAGAUAUACCCCAAUGGGCACAUCAGCAUCAAAACCAGCGCGCGCAGCCGCCACAGCAGCGUCCCGUCGUCAAUACCCUCUCCGACCCUCGCCGUCGACCACAUCCACGCCCGCACGACCACAGCCCGCAGCAGCAGCAGAGAAAGAUACACAAAAGCAAGGUCCUGUCUACCAUUCACAAGAGAAAGCGAGCGCUACACGGUCCGAAGCAAUCGACCUUGACGCGCGCGAUCCAGACUUUGAUGCCUCUCUACGCUCCAUAGGGCCAGUAACUCCUACUCCCACGCUCUCACGGACCAGUAUAUUCAAUCAGGGGCGGCAACAGGGUGCGUCGUCACCUUCCGGGCCGAAUCGAGCGGAUACAGCAAACCCGUCGCUGUUAACAUUGUCGUCACGAACACGGAUAUCCGCUGAGGCAGAGGCGGAUUUUGAGUCGUUGGGUAGACGAGACCAUAUGGGGCGUCGGUUCGUUGAUGUCGUUAGCCUGAAGCAGAUUCUUUCCAUGAGAGAUGAGCAGGGUGUUAGCGAGGACGUUAUUGAGAAGCAGUUUGGGUUACGGAAGGGAGUUCUCGCAACGUUAGGUCCUAAGGGGGUCGUCGCUGGUGUUCGAUGA